AUGCACUUCUCCCGCCGUCAGAAGAGCGAGAACGACCCCUCGGUCGACAACUCCACUCCUCCCACCAACGACACCACGAACAACAUCACGACCACUACCACUACAACUACCACUACCACCCCAGCCCACACUGGCGUAAACGAGAACGAAAAGACGGCCGCGAACCCUGAUUCCGCUAUUGUCGCCGCUCUUGAACCCUCCGUCAACACCGCCGCCGCCCCGACGGCAAUGCCGAACCACGCCCACCCCGGCUCCGGCUUUGGCAAGCUCGGCGAUGAGGAGUACCACCUCCGCGAUGUGGACUCCCGGUCGCGCGACAACGACAUCACGGGGGUGGGUGGUGUCGCUAAUGGUGGCAUCGAUGGCGACAAUAAUAGCGUCCUCGAGGGAACGGCCGUCGAGUAUCGCACGUAUAAGCGCCGCUGGUUCGGGCUCGCUCAGUUGACGUUGCUUAACAUCAUUGUCUCGUGGGAUUGGCUCACCUUCGCCCCCGUAGCCUCCAACGCAGCAACCUACUACCGCGUCUCCGAAUCCGCAAUCAACUGGCUCUCCACAGCCUUCCUCUUCGCCUUUGUCGCAAUCUUUCCCCUGACCAUCCGCAUCCUCCACAUGGGCCCCAAACCCUCCUUCAUCACCGCCGCCGCCUUGAUCCUCGUCGGCAACUGGAUCCGCUUCGCCGGCUCCCACUCCCGCUCCCCGACGGGCGGAAACUACGGCGUCGUCAUGUUCGGCCAGAUCCUCACGGGUCUCGCCCAGCCCUUUGUUCUCGCCGCGCCCACCCGUUACUCGGACCUCUGGUUCACCAACCGCGGCCGCGUCGCCGCCACCGCCCUCACCUCCCUCGCCAACCCGCUCGGCGCCGCCCUCGGCCAGCUCAUCGUGCCCUUCUGGGUCGCCAACCCGCAGGACAUGUCCCCCGGCGUCCUCUACGUCGCCAUCAUCUCUACCGUCGCCUCCCUCCCGGCCUUCUUCAUCCCCGCGGCGCCGCCCACCCCCGUCGCCCCCUCCUCCCGCACCCUCAAGCUCGGCAUCCGCGAUUCUCUGUCCAUCGUCUCCCGCUCCCUCGAGCUCUGGCUCAUCCUCCUCCCCUACGCCUUCUACGUCGGCUUCUUCAACUCAAUCUCCUCCCUCUUAAACCAGAUGAUGGGGCCCUACGGCUUCACAGACGAAGAAGCAGGCAUCGCGGGCGCCCUCUUGAUCGUAGUAGGCCUCGUCGCUUCGGCAAUCACGUCCCCGAUCCUAGACCGCACCAAGAAAUUCAUCCCCGCCAUUAAAGUCGCCGUCCCCGUCAUCGGACUGUGCUACCUAGUCUUCAUCUGGAUGCCCGAGACGCGCAACAUCGCCGGUCCGUACGUCGUCCUCGCCGUCCUCGGCGCCGCAUCCUUCUCCUUGGUUCCCGUCGCCCUCGAGCUCCUUAUUGAGCUCAGUCACCCCGUCAGCCCAGAGGUCACGAGCACAAUCGCCUGGGCGGGCGGUCAGCUCCUCGGCGCAAUCUUUAUCAUUAUUUCCGAUGCGCUGCAGGCGGACGACAAGGCGAACCCGCCCAAGAAUAUGAAGAAUGCGCUCGUCUUCCAGGCCGUCGUCGCACUCGUCAUCGUGCCGUUACCAUUGUGUCUGGGCUUGUUUGGGCGGAGUGAUAGGGUCAGCCUCCGGCGUGUGCGGUCGGACGAGCAGAGCACGCGGCAGACGACGAAUCCGUAG